AUGCAUCCAAUCCAGACCGGAAGUCUCAACCGGAAGUCCGUACAUCUAAGGAACACCGAAGAAAGUCUGGACUUUCUCAAGGCUUACAACCCCCUAAAAAAAGAAGUCAGUCAUCUAAGAAUUCUGCUUCAUGGUCCCGUUGGUGCUGGAAAGUCCAGUUUUGUGAACUCUGCUGACUCCACUUUAAGAAGUCAAGUUUCAGUGCGAGAUAAAACAGAUGCAAUCUCUGGGAGCAGCCACACCAAGGAAUACACAACUUACAAGAUCCGAAAAGACGAUCAGAGCUUCUAUCCUUUGGUUUUUAACGACAUCAUGGGAUUUGAGCAAAACCUGGAAAAUGGAAUCAGUGUGGACGACGUGAAACUGGCUCUGCAGGGACACGUGAAGGAAGGAUACCAGUUCAACCCUGUCAGCCCACUAAAAACCACUGAUCCCAGCUACAACUCAAAUCCUUCUCUGGAUGACCAAGUCCACGUCCUGGUCUGCGUUGUUCCUGUCAGCUCAGUCUCUCUGCUGAAUCAGAAUAUGGUGGAGAAGUUAAAACAAGUCAGAGAAGCUGCCAAUAAACUGGAUAUUCCCCAAAUGGCCAUUCUCACCAAAGUGGACGAGGCCUGUCCUGAGGUGAAGAAAGAUAUUAACAACCUACACAAGAGCAAGUACCUGAAGGAGCAGGUGGAAAAAUUCAGCAAGAUCCUGGGAUUACCAGUUAACUGCAUCUUUCUGUUGAAGAACUACGAAUCAGAAAUCGAUACCAGUGAUGAGAUCAGUGUGCCGAUCCUGGCCGCACUGAAACAGAUGGUGAACUAUGGAGAGGACUACCUGAAUGAUCAGAGUGAAGCAACUUCUCUUUUCAGCAGCCACUAA